AAAAAAAUACAGACUAGUGGAAGGGGAGGUCUGUAUAAUUUCUCCUUGUUGCACCUAUUUCAUACUCUCUCUCAACAUCAAGAACCCACGUACAAUGGCAGUAUUCCCUCUCAAAUUGCAUUACGGAACUCACAUGAUGAUUCAUUCCCGUGUUAAAAUAUGAUAUUACUCCAUUGUUAUUAUCCAUUUAAAGUAGUUUUUUUUCUCUUCUUUUUCGCGGUGAGCGAAGUUAGCUUCCCCCACACCCCCCCCCCCCCCCCACCUCUCUCCCCCCUCCUUUUCAUCAUUAAAUCUCACUCUUUCUCGCUUCAACCUGCCAGGGCCACAACAUAUGACAUAUCAUCAGAGCUACCUGCAGAGAGAAUUAUUGGCCACCACAAUUACAUCGCUGGCGAUGGACGACUACGGCGGAGGGUACAAGACGAAGCCGUCGGCACUCUUGAACUCGGUGUUCAUGUCGACGGCAAGGACGGCGGCGAGGAUGCUGGUGGCGGUGGCGUCCAACGUGAAGGCGGAGCCUGCGGAGAAGUGGAAGGUCUCCGAUCACCUGAGGUUCAUGCUCAUGCUCCUCACUUGGCUCACCCUUUGGAUCCUCCGGAUUCUGAUGGAUCACCUCCCCGUCCCCAUCGCCCCCUCCCCACCCUACUCCCUCGACGCCUUCCCCACCGUUGGAUCAUCCUUUGACUUCUUGGCCUCUUCAUCAGCACCAUCGGUCGACGUCGUCUCACCAGCAUCAUCAUCGUCUUCGUCUUCUUCAUUCUGCGUGCCUUCUCUGCGUUCGACGUCUUCGGUUUCUUCUUCCUUGGAACUGGUUUCGUCGGAACGAGGAAUGAAUAGACCGUCCGACGUUAACGCCCUCAGGAGAGCUCUCUCACAUAUUUUUGCAGUUCUAAACGAGAUUCCGGCAAAGUCGACGAAAUAUCAGUUUGCUAUGGGAAUGGUCGAUAAGAUCAUGGAUGAAAAUGCCAGGGCUGGCCAAGUGGAGUUGCUGCAGAUCAAUCGUGCGGCCCUGGCAUCAGCAUUCGCGCGUACAUCAAACCUCUUGUACUGCUCUCUCCAGAGCGGCGAGGCGGCGGACGGUGGCGGCGCCUGGUCUACCCGCAUUAUCAGGGCGAUUCCGCUGGGCUCCUCCUUGGCCUCCUAUUUCAAAACGGUAGGCCUCUGCCUCUCCGCCAUCCUUCCGUUGGAGGGUCUGAGCGCCGCCAAGAGUCGAUUGCAGAGGGGCCAGCAAGCCGCCGCGGGCGGUGGCAAGGUGGGCGACGAGGAUUGCGUGGACGUGGUGGCGGAGAAGCACGCGCAGGAGUUGCUGUGGAUAACCAGCAAGCUAAAAGGCUAUGGAGCGAUGGACGAAGCGUUGGUGCAGUGGAGUUUUGCGACGGGGCUGGCGUCACUGUCCAUCGCUGCUAAUCCGAGGGUACAGGGCUUCAUGGUCAAGAUCACAGCCAUAUUGUUUAAAGAGCUAAUCCAAGGAGGAGCAUUUGAGGUUUCAAGACAAGUGAAGUUGAGAAUGCUAGUGCUAUGGCUUCCGUUGUUUUGCUAUGCAGGCAAUGGUGUCGCUUAUCCAAUCCUACUAGGCCGAGAAAAGGCAGAGAUGGAGAGAGUGCUAGAUGAAGUCAUCUCUAGUCUACCGAUAACCGAUCAAGAAAUAAUCCUAACCCAUUGGUUGCAUGAGUUUGCCACUUCUACCUCAGACUGGCCUAAUCUCCAAGCAUCUUAUGACCGAUGGUGCCAAUUUUCUCGCAAGCUCGUUAUAUAAUUAAGUGUCAUCUAUGCCUGCAACUAUGACUACAUAUGGCUAUUUUCCUUAAUUUUGUAUGUGAAUGUUUUGUUGUAAUAAGCAUGUUUAUGGCACUUCAACAAAUAAAAAAAAAUAUUAUGAUUUUAA